AUGGAGGCAACUGGAGACUGCAGCACCCCAUACGUCAGAGCGACUCCUAAGUGCCGAACUUGUUUGCAGGAUCUGGAGCCGCAGGUUGGCAAAAGACGUUUGUCUCAGGCACGCCACAGAGCUACCUUGGCAGAGCUCUUCAAAAACUUGCGUAAAACUGUAUAUUCGCAACAAGAUAAUUCCACAUCAAAGUGUCAGGUUUUAUGUAAGGCUAAGAAUUAUAUUCAGGAGCUGGAACAAACCCUGGAAAACUUGCUGAAGAUGAAAGAAGUUUUAAACCUGGAGGAUGGGAAUCCAUCAAGCUUGGAGCAAGUAAAGGAGGAAUAUAUCAAGAUGUACUUCAACAAUUACAGUUCUGUGCCUCCUUCAAAUGUCAUAACUCAGAGUGAACCCACAGUAUGGUAUGUGAUUGAAGAAUAUGAGAAGAAUUCAGCCGAAGAUGUAAAUAUAAGGCUUACACAGUCGCCAGCUACUUCUUCUCCUGAUCUCAUGGAGUUUGAACGAUACUUGUAUUUUUACAAACAGACAGUAGACCUCCUGGUUGACAAUGGAGUUGUGAGCCCUGAAGAGGUCACCCUCCCUGUGAUCUCCACAGCUGUUUCCCAUCUGUGGCAGAGCCUGCCUGAGGAAAGGAGAGACAGUGUCCUGCAGUACUGUAGUCAGAGACAGAGUUUUAUCUCUGAGGUCAAGGCAGCUUCUCAGGAGCCUGCAUUCACUAAGGACAGCACGAGGAACAGUGGAACAAAUAGUCAGGAACCAAGCAGUUCUCUAAGGUCUACACCAGAGGAGAUCCUCUUUGAAGAUGCCUUUGAUGUGGCAAGUAGCUUCCUUGACAGAAAUGAGACCCAAGAGAUGUCCAGUCAAAGCUCAACAUUCGCAGGAUGCACUUCAGAAAGCCAAGGGGAUAACCAUCAUCUCUACCUACAGAUCAACAGCUUCUUGGAAAGCCUGUUUUUUGCUAACACCCAACCAUCACAGGAGGAAAUUCUUCAAUUAGAUUAUGAGACUGUGAUGUUGCGAUGCACUGAGACAUUUGACGAUGAAGAUUUGUAA